ACCUGGGCGUUCGUAAUCUUGGGAAACUCCUACGAUAUCACACUUGGGCAAUGGAGACACAAUACCAAUUCCCUCCUAAGCGCUCAGGAGGUUUGGUUCGCCGUGUUCAUGACAGUCUUUGUUCUUAUCCCUUGGUUGACACUUCGAGAGGUCACCGCUGAAGUUGAAAUUCCACCUCCAAACGUCGCCAUUCUUCGAUUCGACCGCGGGAUGAAGCAAGGUCUCCUGGGCAGAAUCAGUCGUACUUCCGUCAUGGAUUACCACGCCUUCGGAAUUAUCAGCGCGGGCCCAAAAGCUUCAAAUAAUUAUAUGAUAUGCGGUAUUCAAGGUGACUUCACGGAGAGUCUUGUUGUCAAUCUGUCCAAAACCGUGUGGACCAGGGAGUUGAAGUUCGCUGGUGUUGGGCAUGCAUCUGCAAUAUUCAAGGGAGGGAUCCACGGUUGCACUGGGACUGGGAUAGGAGCAGCAAUGUCUACCUGCAUUCAGAGUCCAGAUUGGUUCAUUAUUCGGAUAGGGUCGUAUCAGGAGAAGACCUUUGGAUCUACGAUCGCGGGCCUUGUUCGUAAAUAUAUUGAGCCGGAGAGAACGAUCCUGUGGGAUCCGAAGAAACGAGGAGGACGACCAGAUACCGUGCAACUCCUCAAAGGCACCUGGACGAGCUUUGGAGCAGAGGUCAUUUUCAUUGCCUCUAACACGCAGGGUAAUGCUGAGAUGGCACAGGGUUGCCGUUCAGCGGGAUUACACGCAUUUGGCACUCUGUGGGACUUCUGA